CUUACCCUAAUUACACCGCUUUCUCCAACUAUAUAAGCUCCUUGUUGCCUCAAUACCCUUCCUCUUGCUCCGCUCCUCGCUCCUGCAAACGCUCAUCCUGUCUUCCCUCUGCCGCAGCCGUCGAGCGAGGAAAGUUUUUAUUAAAAGUUGAGAAUGGGUAAGGAGAAGGUUCACAUCAGUAUUGUGGUCAUUGGCCAUGUCGACUCUGGUAAGUCGACCACUACUGGACACUUGAUCUACAAGCUUGGAGGUAUUGACAAGCGUGUGAUUGAGAGGUUCGAGAAGGAAGCUGCUGAGAUGAACAAGAGGUCAUUCAAGUAUGCGUGGGUGCUUGACAAGCUCAAGGCUGAACGUGAGCGUGGUAUCACCAUUGAUAUUGCCUUGUGGAAGUUUGAGACCACCAAGUACUACUGCACAGUUAUUGAUGCCCCAGGGCAUCGUGACUUUAUCAAGAACAUGAUCACUGGAACCUCACAAGCUGACUGUGCUGUUCUUAUCAUCGAUUCCACUACUGGUGGUUUCGAAGCUGGUAUUUCAAAGGAUGGUCAGACCCGUGAGCAUGCUUUGCUUGCUUUCACCCUUGGUGUCAAGCAAAUGAUCUGCUGCUGUAACAAGAUAGAUGCCACUACUCCCAAAUACUCCAAGGCUAGAUAUGAUGAAAUUGUGAAGGAAGUGUCAUCCUACUUGAAGAAGGUUGGAUACAACCCUGAGAAGAUCCCAUUUGUCCCAAUCUCUGGUUUUGAGGGUGAUAACAUGAUUGAAAGGUCCACCAACCUUGACUGGUACAAGGGACCGACCCUCCUUGAAGCUCUUGAUAUGAUUAAUGAACCCAAGAGGCCCACUGACAAGCCCCUCCGUCUCCCACUCCAAGAUGUGUACAAAAUUGGUGGUAUUGGAACUGUCCCUGUGGGUCGUGUGGAGACUGGUGUCCUCAAGCCUGGUAUGGUUGUGACCUUCGGACCUUCUGGCCUGACCACUGAAGUUAAGUCUGUUGAGAUGCAUCACGAAGCUCUUCAAGAGGCUCUUCCUGGUGACAAUGUUGGAUUCAACGUGAAGAAUGUUGCUGUGAAGGAUCUCAAGCGUGGUUACGUUGCUUCCAACUCUAAGGAUGACCCAGCGAAAGGAGCUGCCAACUUCACCUCCCAGGUUAUCAUCAUGAACCACCCUGGUCAGAUUGGUAACGGUUAUGCUCCUGUUCUCGACUGCCACACUUCCCACAUUGCUGUCAAGUUUGCUGAGCUGAUGACCAAGAUUGACAGACGAUCUGGCAAGGAGCUCGAGAAGGAGCCCAAGUUCCUGAAGAAUGGUGAUGCUGGUUUUGUGAAGAUGCUUCCCACAAAGCCCAUGGUCGUUGAGACCUUCUCUGAGUACCCACCGCUGGGGCGUUUUGCUGUGAGGGACAUGCGUCAAACCGUCGCUGUUGGAGUCAUUAAGAGCGUUGACAAGAAGGACCCAACUGGUGCCAAGGUCACCAAGGCUGCUCAGAAGAAGAAGUGAGCACUGUGCUGAGAAUAUGUUUCUUUAAUUAUAGUUUUCUAAUUUUGUUGUGAACGUUUUACCAUUUGCCAUUACAGUAGUUUCUUCUAAGACAUUUAUAGCUCAUCGGUGUUGAACUAUUUUACUUGGUUUGUACUUGAAAAGCUUUUUCGUGUUGUCU